CUGAGUAGUCGGCGCUUUUUGAGGCCUUUAUUUGCCUUUUGACCACCGUCCGGCGAGAAAACUUGUGCAUGAUUGUCAGAAUAAACAUAUCAUAUCAUAUCAUAUCAUGAUGAAGAGAUCACGUUACGACUACAACACAGCGACGACAAGGCGGCGCGAGGACAAUGGCCUAACAGGCAGGCCCUGAUAUAUGCACGUUCCGUUUCUACUUACUAAGUGCUGCUACAGCAAAACCUACGUAAUGGCGAUGGUACGAUAAACGUAAAUUGUGCUUUUACCCACUUUGGCUAGACGGGACAGCUACUAAGUACGCGAUUCUGCGGCUGCGACCAAAUUUCAUAAAUUUCAUUCUUACUCUACAGCUUCCACGGAAAUAUAUGAGAGCCUGUGAAGUAUUCGACAAAGCGUUAAACAAAAUGAUUGUGUUCUUUCCCUGUUUCACAAAGGGACCGUUGUUUUCGUGCAACAACGACACGUGCAAACUACGGGUAACGUAAGCCAAGAAGCGGGCGGUAGAAAAAAAAACAGCAAGAAAGGAAAAAAAUGAAGAAAUGGAAAUAUUUCUUUGCGGCAAACUAGCUUUCUUGCCCCACUGUUUUUCAAAAAUUCAUAUUCAUUAAGGUACCAAAAACGUGACGGUGGCGUUCUGGAAAAGAAGCCGAAGCUGACUGCUGCCCGCGCGCGCAUGCCCCUUGCAUAUCGCGAGCGUGCUCGAGCAUCGGCGAAGGAUCGCUCGAUUCCUCUUCGUACCGGCUGUCAAGAAGCGUCCGAGCUGCGAUCUGCCUUGUCCGCGAGACCACUACGGCGUACGCCCAAGGAGCUCGAAGAGGAAAGCGUCGGGCCCACUUUCUCACGAACCUGCUCGGCAACAGUAGACAAUGGCCCGUCGCAGUGCUUCAUUGCCGUCUCUCCGUGGCGCUGAUCGGCGCUGUAGCCCCUGGUCGGCCGCAAUCGGGAGCUUCUGUUGCAUCGAGGAGGAAGGCUUCGCCGAUGAUUCCAUGGGGUCACCGCCAGUCGUGGAGGACCCGGUCGUCGAGAAGCUCUUUCGCGGCGUGAACUUGGAGAACAAGAGCGACUACGACAUGAUCGACCGCAUGAUCAAGGGCGAGAAGCUGUUCGAGCCGGAGGCGCUGACAGCGCUCACCCCUUUCGACGUGGAUGCCAUCACGAGGGACGCGGACCGCAUCAUCGAGAAGGUGAAGCGCAGGCGCUCGUCCGCUGGUUUGAUCGGCUCUGCUAUGAAGACGCGCCGGCGUCGGCACAGCAAGAACUACCGCAGCUCCUCAGACAGCUCGACGUCGACGUCCUCACCGUCUGUAAAGCUGGGCUCGGAAGGCAACAAACGUCGUGGCAGUCGGCGAAGCAGCCGACAUGGAUCUAUAGGGGCGCCAAAGGGCGGUAAGGGAGCCGCCUCCAAGAAGCGCGCCGGCCCGCGAAGCCCCAAGGGCGGAGACAAAGAUGUCGGCGAUGGCGCCAAGUCUGGUAAGACGAAGAUCAAGAAGACGGGCAAGGCCGAUGGACGACGACACCGAGACGAAAAGGACCGCCGGACUGACGAAGACAAAUCGGCCGGAACGGUGUCUCCUCUGGAGCCCGUGCAAGCCUACCCGUCUCCGGUGUGCAGUCUAUGCGAGAAGAACGUCCACGAGGGCAACUUUGACUUCGCUCCCUGCGCAGCCUACGGCGACUACAGAGUGAACUACUGCACAGUUCAAAAGGCUGCCGAGACGCCUGCGGUGCCAGGAGAGGGCGAAGGCGCCGCGGCGACAAGCUCAGUGGCGCGAGACAAGAAGGACCAGGAAUCGAAGGACUCGAAGGUCUUGAACGGCAAGAGCGUGAUCAAGAGGACCUACCGCAAGAAGACCACCAAGGACGGUGACAAGCGCCGUACUUCCGUGUGCGUCGAAGAAACCGCCACGUCGGAGGCGGUCGAGUUGCUGGGGGGUGGCGGACGUCGUCCUUCGACCUCGCAGGCCAUCGACGGUGGUCCGCCAGCAAAGGCGCCGUCCGCAGGGCCUGCACCGGCGCCAUCCGCCCCGUCGGCACCGGCAUCAUCUGCCGCGCGGGCCCCGGUGCACUUCGCCGUCACCGCCACGACAAGCGCGGCACCACCGCGGUCGACGGUGCGCCACUACCGGUACGCGGAGACGAGGAGACCCGCAGGUGCGGCGCUGGGCGAGCAGCAGGGCCCGCAGUUUGCGCGGCCGAUGCCUCCGCACCCGCUGUGUCCCGUGCACUCGCCGAUACUCGCUGGAGGGUCACCGCCGUUUCCUACACCGUACGGUUCGCCACCAGAUUUCCCGAGUCCUUUAUACCCGUGGCCCAACGCCUGGUGGCAGAACACGCCACAGUCACGUCCGCUGCAGCCAUGGCCGUCAGCGCCGCCUGACGGAUCUUCAAGCCAACGGCCAGCGGACCCUUGGAACCCCGGCAUGCAGCCGACGUAUGUGGUGCCACCAGCUCCGGGACAAAUAGCCUCUUCGUGGUACUCGACGCAGAUGCAGCAGCAACCGCCGCUAGGGGGCCCGUUCCCACCCUAUGGCCUGCAGCAAAGUGCUUCCGCUACAACCAUUGGCCCGCUUGCUGACCUACUCGGCUACGGGCCACGCGGUGCGCCGCCUAUCGCCGUCCCUCCCCAGUGGACCACGCCGUCUCAACAGCGGCCAAUGGGUCCCCAGCAAGGCAGCAAUGAACGAGGCCAUCAACAGUCCACGAAGGGUGGCAACCAACGGCCGCUUGGGAGUACAACUGCAGACGACCACCGCAAAUCCCCGACGUCGAUGAAGACCUACCCCUGGUUCCAGUUUCCAAGCAUACCCGAAGAUCUGGACUUCUCACUGAAGUGGGGAAGGACUGUUAGCCAACUGCUUGGGGCUGGGUCCCUGGGACCCACGGUAAAAGACGCUGCUGAGACAUCUUCCAAAAAAAAGCAACCGUUUGCCUGGUCGUAUAAGGAAGCGAAAACAAUCAGCAGGCGCCCUUCAAUGGCACCCAGUGAACUUUCGAUGCAACGUAGACGAUCAUCAGUGCGGCCACUACUUAGCCAGCUUCGCCGGGCGUCAGCAGUCCAGGAACAAGAAAGGACUCCCGCUAGUCGUCGCACAUCGGUUACGGAGAAGAGGCGUGCUUCCUUGGCCAAUCCCGAAGUCAGCGUAGAGAUGCGCCGAGGGUCGACGGUACAGAAGCUCGGAGGUUGCUCGUCUCGGAAAUGCCAUGCAUCGGUACAGACAAACGAACCCACUUCCGGCUGUGUCAAGAAGCUCGAAUGCAAGCAUCCUGGGAAACGCCCAUCGUUGGUACAAGCUAACGAAUCGACAUCCGCCAAAAGCACCAACUUGGCGCUUGUACAUAAGCAAACCAAACGUCGGCUUAUCGAACAGGCUUCAACGUGCUCGAUCUGCCGUCCUUCCAGCGCCGCUUUCCGUGCCCGCAGACGAUGCCACGAAUGUCAUCACGGGUCGACGCGCGGGAGCCGCUCCAUUGCUCAUACGGCUCCUACUUGCGUGGCAGCGAGACCGCGCGAGUGCCGGCAACGCAGGACAUUGCUGGCCCCCCACGGCUUUGGCCCUCCAGUAAUCGCCCGCUCGCGGACCCUUGAAGCGUGUCCACUGCACCGGGCUACUGCCGUAUGUGAAUACAUUCCGGCACCCGUGACAAUGAGUUGCACGCACGUGUGCACUGCUGCCCCUCCUCUGCUGCAGCCACAACUCUCAGCGCAGCUUGCGACGCCAGUGGCGCCAAUUGCAGCAGGCGUUCAGCCGCAGAUAACCACGGAUACCAAGGCGCAGUCGGAAUCGGAUUUAUACUUACUGCUUACGUCGCCAAACGGUCAGGAAAAGCUCUACCAAGCUCGACCCUUGUCGCCUGUUUUUCGUGUCGGAAGAAGUCAAGGCGAGCUUGACCGUGCGGUUAGACGCCCGCAACCUAGUGUCUCGGCCAUCAGCACCAGAUCCCAGGAAGUGGACACUUGGCAAUCUGAAGUUCGGCAGAUACCAAAGCGUCCACCAUUAAAGACAACCGCUAACGCGGAGCUACGGAAGAUGAGGAGGUGCACCCAGGGUGGUUCGUCAUUUUCGACUUCAUUGUCCCUGUACCAAAACUCAAAGCAGCGCGAGGCUCACAAGACAGCUUCAAAACGGUCAUCUUUAGCACCAACAGGACCUGACACUUUCGGGGAUUUUAAUGGGGAAGCGACUGAAAUCAAGUCAAAGUGGCAGCAAGUGCCUCAAAAACCGGCCUCAAAGCGACCGUCUAUAGCACCGGCAGGAGGUGGCGCGGGUAAGGCUGUGGCUGGUGAUGGAGAAGAAGAAUAUAUGACCAUGACAAUAGAACGUGAUGAACAACCGACCAAGAUCUCAAAAAGGCCCAGUGUUGCACCGAGCCAGCGUUCAGCAGGGAAAUCGGAGCGAGGAGGUCAGGAACAACCAGCCUCUGUGUCGCAGAAAGAACGGGGUUCAACGCAGUCUUCAGCGUCGGAGAAAAGUAAGAAAGCUAAAGCAGACAAAGACUUGACGCAAGACCUCGAACGAAACGAAAGCCGCGAUGAAGACGAAACGUAUGUCUUGCCGGAUGAGUGGCUGUCGCUUCUUAAACAAUCAGAGAAUCGCAGUGACGUGAGCAUCAGCACUACCGGCAAGGCAAACAGCGUGACUGAGAAAUCGUCAAAAUAUGAGUCAUUCGCUCCCGAUGCUCCGUCAAAGCAGCAAGACGAUGAUGCGGAGAGGAAAGAAUCAUCUGGGAAAAAUAUCCCCGAUGCUAAAGACGACGAGGCUGUCAAAGAGAGCGCUGAGCAGAGUGCUCAGGAAAGCGCCGAACAGAGUACUAAUGAGAAUGACAAGCCAGGUGAUAUAGAUGGCGCUGCACCAGUAGACGAAGCUGCUUCGGAAGAAGACAAUGAGGGAAACGCUGGCGGCGAGCCCGAGCCUGCGUUACCACCACAGGUAGCUGAAGCUGCACCUGAUGCCGAGAUCCGCAAACAACAGGCCCCUGCGAGCUGGAAGUACACUUUGUAUCCGGAGAGCCGGUUAGCUAUAUUCAUCGGUCUGGUGUGCCUAAUUUGGAUUUUGGUCGUUUACUUCAUAGUCGGUCCGGGGUACCAGAGCGAGCACUCUACGGAGAAUUCCGAUCCGCCAAGAACACCGCUCACGUUUCCGACGGCAGUGACGGCCAAGCCGUCACUGCCGUCAACAGUGACGGCAGCGCGGAGGCCGGACGAAGUGCCUUCGAAUGUUUACAUCUGCUCUACAGAUCGGUGCAUUGACGAAGGGGAGCGCCUGAGGCGAUAUAUUAACCGACAGCUAUCGCCCUGCGAGAAUUUUUACCAAUACGUUUGCAGUAGUUGGGAACUAAAGACUCCACUUCGAGAUUUCGGUCAAGGCGUCGCAAUUUCCACUGACGUCUUGCUUGAGGAGACAAUAGCGGCGGCCUUGAGCAACUACAUCCGAGAUGAGCGCAACUUCGACGUCGGCCUGACUCGACUGUUGUACGAGGCUUGCCUUAAGCCGACGGGAAAUUCUUCGGCCUUUCUACGAGAGGAAGUCUUUGCGACGUUGCCCAUACGUGUCUGGCCUUACAAUGGCACUCAUCUAAAGUCUGACGAUAUUUGGCACUUGGCUGGAACACUGAUUCGCAAGUACGGUAUCGUAUCAAUCCUGGAUGUCACCAUAGGCGUGCAGCAUGGCCGCCCGAAUCGUACUAUCGAACUUAGCUACCCACGACGCCUGCAUAUCAAGGAAGAUUACGCGAACGCUGAAGUCUUAGAAACGAUUAGAUCAGCUGUUUUGGAAGCAGCCGAAGAAUUUGGAUGGUUGGGUGAAGCGGAAAGCCUAAUCUCGCAGGUAAUUUCGGUCGCUCAGCAUCUAGCUGACAUUGUGGACGACAGCGCCAUAUGGGAGGUGCUCGUGUGGAGGUUUGACGAGUUUGUUGAUUCCAACAGGGACAUUGGUGUAUUUCUGAAUGCAGUUUUCGAACGCGACGUCGUCGCUGAUACGACAGUCGUGCUGAGGAACUUGCGCCCGAUCGAACGACUCCAAGCUUUCACGUCCACUGCAAGCGUCAUCGCGUUUCUAAACUACUUGGGCUUCCGCCUCGUGGUUCACUUUUCACCGCUCCUAAAUCGCGAUCGGAUGACAGAUCUUCAGCGGCUCGCUGGAAGCGAACAUGCAGGCCGUGUGCUCAGCCGCGACAAGGACUGGCUUCUGUGUCUCCGACUGGUGGAGAGCGUGCAGCCGGCGUGCGUAUCCAAAGCUCAGGCCAUGCAGCAGGUCGCCACGGGAGCGUACACGGCGAGUCGGAUAUGGAUCGGAAAGCUCGAAGAUCUAUUUUACCGCAACCUGCCGCGCCUCGCGUGGAUGACUGAGAGGAGUGUCAGCGUGUUCAACAACGUGGUGCGGCGGUUUCGCGUGGCACGAUUUUUCGCCGCUUCCUCGUUGAAGGAGAACCACUGCCCCCAACCACAGCUGGCCGAAUUCCGAGGUCGCAGCUCGAUCAGUCUGUUCGUUCACGUCGCCGGCAUGUAUCAACGCUGGCGGCUUCGGCAAAUCGGGAAGCCUACCAGACCCCGGGACUACGGUUACACGCUUGACAUGCGCAGCAGGUACAGCGUUGCACAGCAAGCGGUGUACCUGCCCGUGGGACUCGUGGGUGAUGCGCUACCGGCUAACAGCACUCUGCCCGUUUACCAGGCGUCGCGUUCGGCAGUGCGCCUCUACGUAGGACUACUGCCGCUCGUCUACGAGCGCUGGGACAGCAACAGUUACAGUGAGGCGCUCGAGGUGUUGAACGGACGUUCGGCCAGCCGUCUAGCCCAGCUUCUCGAAUGCCUGGAAGCGGACUGGAUGGCCAUGCCCCGCGAGCUGCGGCUCGGCGUGGGUGACGUUGCGCUACGGGCUGCCGAGGCACGCUAUCCCCUCCUGGCACAGAGCUCUGCGCUGGCUCUCGCCUAUGCCGCCUUCAAGGAACUACUGAACGUGGAGCGCGUGUGGAAGGUGGAUUUCAGGUUGCAGCCGCUGGCGCACGUCACGUCGGAGCAGCUUUUCUUCCUCUACUACGCCCUCGACAACUGCGAGCGCAGCGACAAGCCCUACAGGUCGCGUCAAUUUAAAGCCUGGCAGCGCCUGCCGCCCGAGUACCGGGUCAACCUACCGCUGCGCCACCUACCUCAGUUCGCCCAGGCGUUCCAAUGCAACUUCUCUGACGGGAAUCGUGGGCGCGGAAGACGGCCGCCCAUGGUGGCACCCGACGGCUCGCGUUGUGACACCGUCCGCUGGUACUUGCGGGCGUCGCCGCCCAAUUAUAGGAGACGGCUGGCACAACGCGGCCUGAACGCGGACAUUCCGUCCGAGUUUCUCGGUGGCGUCUUGGACGUCCCGUCAACGACCGUAACGGCUGGCGACAGCGCGCGUUUGCACCAUGACGGGUUAACGUCUACCGUCUCGAGACCUUAGAUGUUCGCUAAAAUGCAGGUGCUCGCUCUUCCGCGCUAAUUUUUAACUGCGGCCGUCUGGACCCUUGUACAGUCGGUUGCAGAUUU